CAAAGAUGUUAUUAUCAUUCAGACAAUAGGGGUAUACAAAAAAUAUGAUUGUAGCGUACAGCAGCGCGCGCAUCUAGUUUUGUUGGUAAACGGGAAACCCGUGUAUAGCCCGUGAGUUUUUCAGGUCAGAGCAACUGCCCCUCAAAAUUCCUGUGCACGUCCCUGCUCGUCACCUUGUAGGCACCACCUUUACUAUUUUAUCUCUGUCUUUAUCCAUCUCUUAUUCUACUCUUCUUAAAUCAUUUCUCUCUCUCUCUCUCUCUCUCUAUAUAUAUAUAUAUAUAUAUAUAUUUUCCCCCUCUUUGUCUUUCUCAUUCAGUCUUUCUCUUUAUCUCACCAUUUACGCAAUUUGGUAGCCAUGGGAGUGGCUGCUCACCUGAGAUUAUGGCAUUGUGACAUUGUGCAAUUCACCGGCUCGUCUGUGCUGGCUCCUUGAAGCAUGUCUCUGAAUCGUGUGUGUCAUGCUUCACAAGUAUGGUAGGAAUCAGGCUACGCAAGUUUGAAUUACUGAAUAUUACUCAACUUGUGACACAACGGAGUAUGAGAUAUCAAUCUUUCGAAAGACAUAAGUAUGAGAAAUCAAUCUUGUUUUUCUGUUUAAGUAGCCUGCAAUUUUAACCAAAAUCUCAGGUAGACGUUAGUUGCUGUGAUUGAGGGUAUCGUGGAGCUAAAGUUGUUUAGCUGCUGCCUUAUCUCUAAUGGCCUGGCCCUGUCGCCACUGAGAAAUGUUUUGGAGCGUCUUCUGCGCCGCGCUUCCUGUUCUUAUAAACAGGAUGGCACAUGUCCUGUCUAAAUGAUGAAAUGACAGCGAUAAAUCAGCUCUGUGUGCGCUGUCCCAUUACAAAAUGACCCGAGGCCGAGUUUGUGGACGUGGGCUCUUGGUCUCGGAUAAACAGGAAGGAUACAUAUUUAGGGAACUGAGAGGGAACUGUACACACUCUCCUCCUUGUGCCUCCCACAGAAGGGAGAUUUAUGGUGACCAUGUCAAGGUAAAGGGAUCCAUCUAGGGUGAGGUGAGCCCCAGAUUGCAGUAAAUUGCAUUUCUUUCUGAAGGAGGCUUAUUUCCGCUAAUUUGCUUUACUUUGAAGGACAGGGCAAGUGCUCUUGGUUACCAUGGCGUCAGUGUGGUUAUUACGGUGGCCUAUUUCAUGCACAAUGACAUCACAUGCGUCCUUGACUAAAUAUCCUCAGAUCCAUCAGACAAAUAUCUAUGGUCAACAUUUACUGCUAUAACUUUUUGGACAGGGAAAUAUAUAGUCUGAUAUGUUGUCACUGUAACCUGUGAAGACCAUCGCCCUUCUUUUAAGUGAUUCCUUGUUUUGUGCUGUAAAGACGAUGGUGCAUAGAGUAUAUGUGCAACUACAUUGCCUUGUACUGUUAAACCACUUUGCUAUGCCUUUUAUAGAAUAUAUGUGUGAGCGUAUGGUACCGAUGUGUAAACAGAAAUGAGCAUUAUUGGGGGCCUUAUUCUCUGUGAUUUUUGGGAGGUGGCUGAUACCUUCUAGGACCAUUUUUUUUUUUGUGGUCAGGUCUUGCCCUGUCUCACUAUCAUUCUGUGGAAUCCUUGAUACUGAUGGCUGUCGAGAUAAAGUUAAUUUUAGAAAGGAAAGCUGUUUACUUAAAUCUCCUACAUUUCCAGGCCGUUAUCAGUCAUAUGAUAAUAAUUUCAAACUUGCAGUCUGUUAUAAACCUCAGAUAUAUUAUUCCUGUAUUAUGAUUGUUCCAAUGCUUCUUCAGUAUUCCAAGUUUACUGCUAUCGGUACUGUUCUUGUCAGCCAUUCAAAUUAACGUCAUACUAUGCUGUAAACUUGUACCCUAUUUAAGGGUUGUGUUUGUCACUGUAAUAAUAUGUACUCAAGCUAUAAAUCUGGAAUUUCUACAAAUAUCUGCAUAAGCUCUGUUUUUUGGGAAUAGCAUAUUGAAGUUCAAUAUCGUCUUUACUCAAAGUAUUUAUUUUUCUGAUGUAGGAAGCCCACCAAGAAGUCUUUUUUUUGGAUGUAUAAAAGCCCUGUGAAUGUGUGUAUCUAAGAUCUUUGAGAAACAUUGGAUAGGUUCAGGUUUGAUUAACUGUAGGUGCUUUGGCCUGAAAAAUCAUGUUCUUUUUAUUUAUUCAGAACCUUACCUUUUUCCAACUUGAAACUACACACAGCAAUAAGUCACAGAGUCUCUCAUAAUCACCAAAUGAGAACGACUUGGAAUUUUAAUUGGCUUUUAAAUGGGAAAGUGUUCAGUGAAAACGAAAAAAGUAAAUCUGGCAGGCAACCACACUGGGUUAUGGUUUAAUUAAGAGUACCGUUCUGGCAGCUGAGGCCCUUUCCCAAAUACACAAAAAAAACCUUCCCUUCUCCAACUGCUGCCCAGAUUCUCAGAAAGAAACGGUGAAGUACAUUCUGGAGACCUACUUGCAGGAGUAAUUUUGAAGUUAAGUGUCUUUAAAAUGGCAAUAAAAUUUCACAGAUGGGAGGAAAUGUUGGCCUUGUCCCUGAGGUUUUUUGAGGAUUUUAGUGCUAUUCACUUUCAUUCUCAGAUGUUUUGGCCUUUAUACUUUGACAGGUAUUCCUGAAAUUCUCAUUGACGUAUGCAAAGCUAUGCACCAUUUACAAUGACACACCAAACUAUUCUGAUGGACUUAUCCAGUGAUGCAUGCUAUGUAAUAGAAAGCGUCUUAAUCUGGAAUAUGUAUUCUGACCAACAGGAUCUGCAUAUAUUAAAACACCCAAUCUGUCCCCACUCCAAAACACACACACGCACAAUCUUCUGUUGGGGCUAAAAUGGGUGGAUGUCCUGUGCCUGGAGGGUGCCAUGGUGGGUGAGGGCGACGUGAGUCUCCUGGGCGUAGAGGUCGGAGGGCUGUCUUUGUUCUGAUUAAAAGAGCCCACUUCCACUGAUUUAACAAUUAAGGGGGGGUACCGAAGCCAAGAGCCCAGCUCUCACACAGGCAAAAAGAAGCCAGUCCCUGGGGACACGCACCUGAGAGUCGGAGAGCACAGCAACAUGGCUCUCUGGGCUGCCUCACUGGCGUCCCUUCUCCUGGCUGUUGAUUGCUGGCAUGACCUCGACAACUCAGAGUAUGACUGCUGGCCUAUUGCUGAGCCCAAUGAUUACAAUAUGAUAAGCUGCGGAGGACUCGAGAUGGCCUGGGUCCAACGGCCUCCUGAGAAAGUAACGGAGGGGGAGGAGUUCAAUGUUACCUAUUCAGUUACGGCUGCCGACUCCUUCUAUGAUUAUGCGGUGAAAAACAAGAUCUUCCAGUUCAGCGAUGCCUCGGAGGCCAAGCGCUUCUGUCACGAGCACGAGUGUCCCACGAACUGGAACAACGCUGACGAGCACAACUGCUGCGUGUACCACGCCAACAUCCACUCUUGCCCUCUUGCCCUCAUGAGGCAGGGGGGCAUAUGUGGACCCUGGAUCCCAGAUGAUGGCGAGAUUGUGACACACACUGUUUCAAAGGCAGGAAAGAUGAGUCAGCAACUCUGGACAUCAAAGGUCGUGCUGGUGCACUUAGGCGUGACGUCCCUUAUUGCCCAUAUCAAAGUGGGACAGUUGCACGCAGCACUGGAGUCCAAGGUUCUAGUCGUCAGUGCGCAAGUGUGUGGAGAUAACAUCUGUGAGCUGGAGGAGAGCUGCCUGAACUGCCCGGCGGACUGCGGUGUCUGCCCCAUGUCCAUGUCCAUUAAAGUUGCCAUUGGGCUCCCAGUUGCCUUAUUCUGCAGUGGCUUCAUCUUAACCAUUGUGUGGAUUCAGUACCAAAAGCAGAAGAUGUUUUGGGACGAGAGCUGGAUCAUCAACUACAACAACAUAAUGUUUGGUAAGAUGUGCUACAUGGGAUUCUGCAGCACCACCAGCCUACAGCCAGUGAAGAGUAGCUCCAGUGUGAGCCGGGCCACAGACGUCACCGUCUGCACCGUCACAAACUCAGGCUUCAAACCGGGCUUCAUCCAGCCAGGCAUUUAUGAUGGCAGAACUGUGGCCGUGAAAAACAUCCAGAAGAAGCAUUUUGCCCUCUCCAAGACUAUCAGGAAAGAAGUGAAGGAGGUUCGAGAACUGGAUCACCCCAAUCUCUGCAAGUUCAUUGGUGGAUGCAUUGAAGUCCCAUUUGUCAACAUCAUUACAGAGUACUGCCCAAAGGGAAGUCUUGCCGAUGUCCUUCUGAAUGAAGACAUCCCAAUCAAUUGGGGUUUUCGGUUGUCUUUUGCCACUGAUAUCGCUCGUGGCAUGGCCUACCUGCAUCAGCACAAGAUUUUUCAUGGAAGACUUCACUCUAGAAACUGUGUCAUCGAUGACCGUUGGGUCUGCAAAAUUUCAGACUACGGCUUAGAGGCCUACAGGAAGGAGGACUUUGAGGCCAUCAGUAACACUUUCCACUGUGAGAGCCCCUACCGGAUAUACUGUGCCCCUGAAGUCCUCCUUGGCAGCAGUUCCAACCACACCGCUCCAGCCGACAUAUACAGUUAUUCCAUCAUUUUGGUUGAGAUUGCGUCCCGCAGUGAUCUAAUUUCUGAGCAGACGGAGCUUGUAAAGCUAGACGUCAUGUGGCGUCCGCAGCUUCCUGAGCUGAAACCGGGAAAAGCGGAUACAGACUGCCCCGAUCAGAGUGAUUACUGUGAGCUCAUCAAAAAGUGCUGGACACACAACGCUGCCAUGAGACCAACCUUUGAGCAGGUGAAGAAGUUUCUAGACAAAAUGAACCCCCACAAAGUCAGCCCUGUAGACAUGAUGAUGAACCUGAUGGAAAAGUACAGCAAGCAUUUGGAGGCUAUUGUGGCUGAGCGGACACAGGAUCUUCUCCAAGAGAAACAGAAGACGGACCGCUUACUCUACAGUAUGUUACCAAAGCCAGUUGCUGAUGACCUUCGUCAAGGACGUACAGCUGAGGCUCAGAGCUACUCCAAUGCCACUGUGUAUUUCAGUGACAUAGUGGGUUUCACACAACUGUCUGGCUCCAGUACCCCCCAUCAGGUGGUGAACUUCCUCAACAAACUCUACACCACAUUUGACGAUAUUAUCGACAACUAUGACGUGUAUAAAGUGGAGACCAUAGGAGAUGCUUACAUGGUGGUCUCUGGCGUGCCGAACGAGAAUGGCAUCAACCAUGCAGGAGAGAUUGCGAGCAUGGCCCUGGACCUCAUCAGCGUGUGCCACGCCUUUAAGAUCCCCCACAAGCCCACCACACAGCUCGAGAUACGGGCUGGCAUCCACUCAGGCCCUGUGGUUGCUGGUGUUGUGGGAACGAAGAUGCCCCGGUACUGUUUGUUUGGCGACACGGUGAACACGGCGUCCCGAAUGGAAUCCACGAGCGAAGCUCUGAAGAUCCAGUGCAGUGCUCCCACGGCUGACCUCCUGUGUACCCUGAAAGGGUACAUACUGACCUGCCGUGGAUCACUUGUCGUCAAGGGCAAAGGGGAGAUGACGACUUGGUGGCUGGAGGCGAAGAGAGAUCUGUCUGACCCACUACAGGCGGACCGAGAGCCGUACGGGGUUCCAGUGCCCGUCAGCAACUAGCCAUCGGGAAAGUCGUGAAAAAAGAAUCAUGGACAAAAUACAGACUUAUAAACAUGUUCCAGUGUUGAAUAAUGUGAUAGAAGGGACAAAUUCAAAGAGGCACCUCAUGACAAAAAGAACAUUGUUCAGUAGUAUACAGUAUUGUAUAUGGAUUUUGGAACAAUGUUGCUAUUUUUUGUCAUCAAUAUAUUAUAUUGUAUCAAUGUUUUUUGUCAUCCCUUGUGAAAUGUGAAAUCCAAUAGCGUCUCUGUAGGCCUAUCGUUUGCUACGUCUGCUACGUUUUUAGAUGGUCAGAUGUGCGUGUAUCCAAAGAAUAACUCCAAUGCACUAUCCCAAUGUAUUUAAGGUGUUGUAGGCCUAUUGAACUGCCUUAGAAUAUAAGCACAAAUGUAGCGUAGGUUCAUGCCAAGCAAUUCCAGUGUUCUUAGUUUUAGGCUACAUCACUACUAAGUCUUAGACUACUUGAAUGCCUGUUGUUAGUGUGAUGUUAAACUCAACUGUAAAC